UGGGAGUUAGAGAUUAUCCUUGUUGUGUCAGACCUGCCAGGAUGAAGCAUUGGAGCUGUGGCAUGUCAAGGAAUGCACGGUUUAUUGGGAGGUUGGGGACUGUUGGGAAUUUGGGAUGAGUAUCAUCACAGGCACAAUUAGAAAUGGAGCAGAGCAUUGCACCAGAUGAUGAGCACUAUCUCCUGGUGCAACUUGAUAAAAUGCAAAUCUUAAGACCACAAACAAAAAUAUUUCUCACUGAGAUCUUGCCUGUGACAGGCCACUCACUUUCUGAUUACCAUAAUUUUUCCAACAAGUUAAAAUUCCUUGAACAAAAUUUCUAUAAUUGUUCUGGUACAGCCCAAUAAAUUUACACAAACAUUCAUAAUUGGAGCAAAAUUACCCGAAUCUGCCCCUCAAGCAUCCUCUGUCAUUUAAUAAGAUCAUGGCAGAUUUGUGUGUGUUUUAAUUCCAUUCCUGUCUAACCCCUCGAUAACCCUUGAUUCUCCUGCCUAACAUGAAUCUAUCCCUCUUCCAUCUUAAAAAGAAAUUCAGUGACCCGCCUCCAUUGCCUUCUGAGGCAGAGAUUUCCAAAGUCACGCAAUCCUCUGAGAGAAAAUGUUUUCUGUUGUAAAGGAAUGACUUCUAAUUUUAAAUUGUGUCCCUUAGUUCUAGACUUUCAUAAGAGGAAGUAUCCUUCCCAUGCCCACCUUGUCAAGAACCUCCAGGAUUUUAUAAACUCAAUUAAUUUACCUCCCACCCCUCUAAACUCCAGUGGAAACAAGUCAGGGCUGUCCAACUUUUCCUCCGAGGAAAACCCACUUGUUCGGGGCAACCCUUCUCUGAACUGCCUCCAACGUAUUUAUAUCCCGCCUUAAAUAAGGAAACUAAAACUACAUGACGUAUUUAAGAAGUGCUUUCACCAAUGCCUUGUGUAUUGCAGCAUUCCCCAUCUUGGGCAGGUUUGUGUUGUUACUCCCUGGUCUCAGCUUUUAAAAUGUCUUCAUGGGAUGUGGGUAUCACUGCCUGGGCCAGCAUUUAUUGCCCAUUACGAAACUGCCCUUGACAAGUUAGUGAUGAGUUGCUGCCUUGUUGUUCAGCCAUUUUAGGGGACUGUUAGAAGUAAAUCAUAUUGCUGGGAAAUUCCAGUUACACACAGGCCUGUUUGAGUAACAGAUAGCAGUUUCCUUACUUAAGUGGCAUGAAUAAAGCACAUGGUUUUUCACAACAAUCCAGUAGGUCACUAUUACUACGAUUCACUUUUUUUUUCAGAUUAUAUCGCAAUAAAAACAAUUUAAAUGCUUCACCUGCCUUUGUGGAAUUUGAGCUCCUGUCUCUUGAUUACUAGGCAAGAUCCCUGGAUCUUUAUUCCAGUAACAUAACCACUGGGCAUUACUCAAUCCAUUCGCUCAUGUAGAUAAAAGCAAAAUACCACAGAUGCUGGGGCUGGAAAUAAAAACAAACUGCUGGAGAAACUCACUAGGCCUGGCAGCAUCUGUGGAGAGAGAAACAAAGUUAACGUUUCUCCUCAGCAUCUACUAAGAUGAUGAAGAAAGCUCCGUGCUAUUCCUGCCCCCCCUUUGUGAUUUUGAAUUGAUUGUUGUUUGUUGCUGAUUGUUUGCUGACAGUGUUGGUGGUUUCGCUGCAGGUUCUGGAUUGUGGCCUCUGCAUUGGAGUUUUGAUACAUUGGUCAGGGACUAUCUCCCCUCCUUCUGAUCGCAUCUCCUUUUCUCUGUGGAAGUGAAAGGAUGAGGCAGCCUACUUGGUGCGUCACUGGCGAUAGGAACUGGACACUUUUAUGGUUUUUUUGUGACCGAGGACAGUUGUUCAAGACUACUCCCGAUCAGCUGUUUUUGCCACUGAAGGUGAGGUUGGUCGAGAAUGAGUGAUCAGACCAGACUGGCAGCCCACGGUGCCUGGAAUGUGUCCUCUGGCACAGGGACUGGACAGCCCCAAAGCCUCGAGACUGAGCGAUGCCAACUGCGAGACCAGGAGGAGUCUAGGCCCUUCCUCAGCGACACUUGGAAAUGCUCCCCUGAGGAACUGGGCCAUGGUGUCCAAGGGUUGAAAACACCGUUGGUGCCACGACCCCCCGUGAGGCCCAAACCGUGCCAACAGAAUAAGCUGCAGCACCUGCACUCAGCUGAAAGGAGAGCUGCCGCCCGCAGACUGAGGAGCAGGAGCAGUGAGGAGAGCUCCUCAGAGCCUGUUGACACAGACUCCUCCUGUGGGUCUCUGUACGGUGCUGACCUCUCAGCCUCCCCCAUGCAGUGUUUCCAAGGCAGGUCAGGAGUGGCUCCCCAGACACCCCUGCCCAGCAGCAGCAGUAGCAGUAGCUUGCAGGAGUGCGACACUAGUGAGUCAGCUGGCAGUACAGCAGAGUAUCAUAAUGGACCUGUGCACACAGACUCCCAAGCCAGGAGUGAUCACCCUGACAUUCAAACAGUGUCGUCAGCCAAUCGGAAGCUGCCUCCUGUAACACCGACCAAACCCCUCCCCCCAAUGGUCAUUAACCUGGACUCGCCAGUAUUAAGGACCAGUAAUCGGAUCGACCAGGAUUAUAUGGAUUACAUGCGUGUGACUCAGACAGUGUCAAGCCAGCACUCCAAUCUCCUCAGCCUGUCCCAAGGAGCUGAGGAUAAUCGAUCUUCAAUCUCCAUGAGUUCUUCCAGUAGUGUCUUGUUUCCUGUCCGUUCUGAGGAUCUUCGGAAAAGGAGUUAUCUGGAGGGCAGUCUCCUGGCCAGUGGAGCUCUGUUGGGAGCCAGUGAAUUGGAUCGUUAUUUUCCUGACCGAAAGGUCCGCGUGUUUAUCACCACCUGGAACAUGCAAGGCCAGCAGCUCCCUGACAAGCUGGAUGACUUUCUCCUGCCCUGUGACUCUCAAUACAUCCAGGACUUGUAUAUCGUUGGUACUCAGGAAGGAAUCCCAGACAGGAGAGAGUGGGAAAUCCGUCUGCAGGAGACCCUGGGGCCUCACUUUGUGCUGCUAUACUCUGCAGUGCACGGAGUCCUCCAACUCUCUCUGUUCAUCAGGAGAGACCUCAUCUGGUUUUGCUCAGAAGUAGAACAAGCAACAGUGACAACUCGUAUCGUCUCCCAGAUCAAGACCAAAGGAGCCGUAGCAAUCUCAUUCACAUUUUUUGGGACGUCCUUCCUCUUCAUUACUUCUCACUUUACCUCAGGGCAAGGGAAGAUUUACGAGAGGAUGCUGGACUACAAUAAAACAAUAGAAGCUCUGGCACUUCCACGGGUUGUGCCUGACACCAACAUCUACAAAUCUGACCCCUAUGAUGUGACAACUCGAUUUGAUCAGGUUUUCUGGUUUGGUGACUUUAACUUCCGCCUGGAUGUGAAGCGAGCAGUGAUCGAUGAGCUCCUCCAGAACAGGAAUGUGGACAGUCUCCGCUCCAUUCUGCAUUAUGAUGAGCUUACCAAAAAGCUACAGGAGGGCUCCAUUUUUAAAGGGUUCAAAGAAGCUGAAAUCAGUUUUCUACCAACCUACAAGUUUGACAUUGGAUGUGAUGUUUAUGACAGUAGUGCCAAACAGAGGACUCCCUCCUACACGGACCGCAUUAUAUACAAGAGCCGGCAGAAAGGUGACAUAUUCGUACUUAAAUAUGGCAGCUGCACUUCAAUUAAAACCUCCGAUCACAGGCCUGUCUACGGCUACUUUCAAGUGAGGCUGCGACCUGGAAGAGAUAACAUCCCACUGUGUGCCGGUCAGUUUUACAGAGAUAUCUACAAAGAAGGAAUAAAAAGACGGUUUGUGAGAGAGCAGAAGAGACGUGCAUUCUGGAACCAGAAGAACAGUGCCACCUGCUGUGUGUCCUGACAGUAACUGGAUAGAAACGGGGAGCUGCCUGCAGUAGUGAGCACAGAAGCAGACUGCACCCAGGUGCUCUGUCACAGGAACCACGCCAAGAGUCAUUAAAUAAAACUCUCAUUUAGGGUGCCCUGUAAUGCACUUAUAAAGAGCAAGACUGUGCAUAAUAAUCCAUCAUUAUUGUUGUUUUUGUUUCAUAAUUAUGUAGUAAUUCAAUAUUUUGAAGAUGACAUUUUUCAAUGUUCAUUUUUUAAUGUGCUCUCUGUUGAGAAGCUUAUAUCAAAAUUUAAACCCUCAAAAGAACCAGACUCUCACUGUGGGACAUGUCCAAUAUAUCUAUUCUUCAUGUCAGCCUCGACAGAGAAUAUCCCUGGAAUAUUGAACCCUUGGCACUGUCACAGUUUAGCCAAGACCCCCACACAGUUGCCGUGGCACCAGACCACAGGCAGCAGAGCCUUCCCUGCUGCAGCCAUGAUACCCAAGUUAGCAUUAACAAAACAUCGACUGGUUCUUUCAGCUCUGUGUGAGUGAGUGGAGCAUGCUGCUCACCCCAGUUGGAGAUUAGCCCACAAUUGAUUUCAUGAAAUGGGUAUUUCUCAUUUCCUUAAGAGGCCUUGAACUGAGUGAUUGUCAACCAGCUGAAAAAGGUCACUCCGUGAUUGUACAUUGACCUUUAACAGCUGGGAUUGCAAACAGUUUUAUUGUUUAUAU